CGUCAGGCCGUGUGCGAAUUGCUGUUGCUGCUGCUUGGAGACGAGAGGCUGCGGCCUGAACCGGGAGAUAAGAUAAAAGGAACUUCAUGGAGCCUGGACAUGACAAGAGCAAACCACGGUCAAAGAGGCCAGACAAAGCCCUGUAUGUUCCUCGAGCCCGUCGGCGUUUGAGAGCAGAACCACAGACAGAUUGUGGUCCCAAACAAAAAGGGCAAGGUACUCUUGUAAACCAGAAAACUGUCUCAAAAAUAACAGAUGCAAUAGGAAAGAAUGAAACAAGUGCAAGUCUGAAGUCUUUGUCUGAAGAUUUGGGCGCACACCAUGAGCAAAUGUUUGCAGAAGCAAACUUGCCCGAACAGAAGGACAGUAAGACAGAGUGUGGCCAUAGAGAUUCAGAAAGAAGAUUGAAUUUAGAUGAAAACAGGCACAUAGGAAACACUGUACAAGAGAAGGUGUCAGAUGAAGGACACGGACUAGAAUCAAAGCACCCAAAGGAAAAGAAAGCAACCCAGCAGAAAAGUAGGGUAGGAUCAAACAAUAGUAAAGUACACAGUAGAGAGAAGGAGUCACUGCACAAAAAGGCAAUGUCAGAAAGAUGUAAUAUUGAUGCAGCAGCAAACUAUUUACUUAACGUUCCUAGUUCGAUAGCUGAGAGCAAUAGAGAAGUAAUGAAAUCCGGAUAUGGAGAAAUUCAAACCCAUCCCCGGCAGCUUCAAUCAAAUGCAUAUAACAAUGAACAGGGAAAUAAUAAUCAACCAAACACAGUAGAUUCAGCAGUGGAAGAACUGGAGACUGAUGUAAACAAAUCUUUGCCUUUCAAUUCUGCCUCUCCUUUGAACAUGAGGUCUGAUUUUGACACUCUUCAACUGAAUGAACUGGCCUCUUCUAAAUUAACCAGCUGUGAAUGUUCAGAUGCUGAGCAAUGUGCAGGAUCAGGAUGCUCAAAUGGUGUAAACGAGCCAUGGCAGAUGGAAGGAAGCUGUAGACAAUAUCCAUGCACUGGAGCAUCUGAAGUAAAUAGUUAUAAGAUCCUCGCUGAAGUGAACAGUUCGACAGAGCAUGAAACCAGGGUAGAUAAUGUCUCUUCUUCACAAGCUCUAAAAGAGGGUUUUGUAUCCCUGCCUGCUUCAUUGGAAAAUGUGGUUUGCUCGGACACCCCACAUUCCAAAAUUAUUAGCUUGUCGGCUGUACAAGGAGCUGAAGAAGCAGGGUUCUUGGAAUAUAGCAGCAGUAUCACAGUGGACUCAAUGAACAGUGAACCAGUCAGUGCAGAGGGGAGUGCUGAAACCGGUGCUGCCUUGCAAAGUGUAGGAGAGAUCUCACUAGAUUUGGCCCAGUUAACUACUACCAAUAGCGGAGAACCUAAAUGUACUGAAAGGCCACUUGUCGAAGAACCGGAUGGUGACUCUUGGGAUGCUCUUUUCAACGAUGAUGGAGAUUGCUUGAACCCCCAUCUUCUGGAAGAGUUAACUGCAAAGAGUAAGUCUAAGAAGAAUAUUCAAGAUCCUCCCUUCAAUUACUACAACUACCAGCCAGCUGAACAAGAAAUAGAUGAUUCUGAAUUUCCCCACAUUGUUGAGAUCUAUGAUUUUCCUUCAGAAUUUAAGACUGAAGAUUUGCUGCGAGCUUUCUCCACUUAUCAGAAGAAAGGAUUUGAUAUCAAAUGGGUGGAUGACACGCAUGCAUUGGGCUUGUUUUCAAGUGCAUUUGCAGCCAGAGACGCGCUCAGUACCAAGCAUCCCAUGUUGAAGACUCGACCUCUGUCACAAGCAUCCAGAUCAUCGAAGGUGAAAGCCAGAAGCUGUGCAGAAUUUCUCCUUCCAGCAAAGGAACGACCUCAGACAAGCGCCAUGCUGGCUCGAAGGCUGGUUAUUGGAGCCCUGGGCGUAAAAAGCAAUCAAACCAAGGCAGAGCGGGAAGCUGAACGCCAAAAGCUGAAGGCAGCUCGAGAGCAAAAGUUGCUUGCAGCACAGCAAAUAGAGGCUGCCUGGGAAGGAAAUUAGCCUGAGAAUGAAAUCACACACCAAAGAGCACAGCAGAUGGGGAGCCUGACUUCAAUAAGGAAAAAGCUAAGCCCCUCUCCACAGACCCUUACUUUCGUACCAGUGGUUGGAGGUUUAUGGAUUUGGAUGGAAGUGUGCACUCCUCCUUCUACCCAUGAGAAGACCUUCUGUCUAUUAUACAGAACGUGAUUAUGAAGCGUUAUCAGCUGAGGGAGUUGUUGUAAGUGUGUUGACAGUACAUGUGUUGAGAUUUAUUUCAAAGCAGGGGUGUUUUUGUUUCGGUGUUUUAUGUAGUGGCAACUGUGGAAUUUUAAACGUUGGAUUUCAGCUAACAACAAACUCCAUUUGUUUCAUGCAUCCCCUAAUCAGCAAUUACACUGACUCACAGGUUUUGUAUCAAUUAGAUGAAAUUAGUCGAGGACCAGUUGGAAGUCCGUAUCACAAUCUGUUUCGAGAUGGAUGGGAUAACUGGCCCUUUUCCCAACAGUCCUACAACACUUGCACUGUUUCACUGCCUUAUGUUGUAGCUAUGUCUACAACCUUUGCUUCUGCAGAGCAUUUGUUUAUUGGGAAUGAGGAGAGCACAUUGGUAUUAUAAGUGUUUGUUUAUUCCCUUUCGAAUGUGUAGUUUCUUCCACACUCCACCUUUCAGACUUCUAAACACACAGAAAUACUCAGCUGGUCAGGCAGCGUGUGUGAGAAGAGAAAAAGAGUUAAUGUUUCAGGUCAGAGGUCCUCUGUCAGAACUGAAAAGGGAAGAAAUGCAGCAUAAAACAGCAGGAAGAGUGGGAUGGGGUGUCUCUGAUAGGGAAAAAAAACAGGGUGACCAUGAGUGGGGUAAGCUGUAAACAGGAUUGUCUAGUCAGUGAGAGAAUGGGAACAUUUAGAGAGUGAGAACGGAGACAAAAGAAUGUAGGAGUUGCAAAAUGCAGACAAGGAAGACACGCCUGGCAGGUCAGGAUGGGCACAUCCUCCACUCCCAAAGGAAAUUCCCACAUUUCCCCACAGCACUUAGUAAUUGAAUUUGACUCCUUCUUAGCUUUGACUAGGGUCUUCAAAUUGACAUGUACUUUGCUUUUCUUUCCGGCAUUUUCUGUUUUUAUUUUAGAUCUCCGGUGUCUGCAAUCAUUUUUGAUUAUCUGACAGAGGUGAUCCCACGUUAAUCUUUAUCAUCUCUGAAUAUUCCCACACACAACAUUCUCCAACAGGCUUUCAGUCGGUAGUUUAAUGUUUCAGAAAAAGGCACAAGGCCAGUUUGUCUGAUUGAAUGUGGCCAAAAAUCUGUCUUUGAAAUCAUCCUGCCUCUCAUCAUCUUUAACCUGCAGGUGAGUAUUUUGUUUCAGAGUCUGGGGUGGGGGGUGGGGGGUAUGGGGAGGAAGUGUAGGAAGAGGUAACAUGUUAGUCCACCCUUGGGAAUUACUGCAGUUCACUGCUAGAUGGCUUAAAAUUUGGAAUUGCUAAGGUCACACACAAAUUCCUAUAUAUGUUCCAAACCCCCCCACUUACUUUUUAAUGGAAGUGUUUACUUUAAAUCCAUUAAUAGCCAAGUUAAAAUGUCAUCACAUAUUAUAGUGAGUGAGAUAUGGGAUUCUCAUUGCAUGUGUCCAUUGCCCUCCAGAAAGUGUAACACAAUAUAAAGUACAGAGCAAGGCGAUGAGGGAAAUGAAACGAUUUCAAGAUUUCCGUUUGAUUUUCAGACUUGUCCUUACUGCUUGUGUUUCAGUUCAGGGACUUCAACUUUGGAUUAAUGUCUAGAGUUACAAUAGUAGAUGAGUAUAUUUAACCAAUGGAAUGUCAGAGGAAGUCAAAUACUUUCUGACUGGUUUCACCUGAAAUCCACUUUCAUAACUCUGGACUGCACUCUGCAGCCAGGUUGUCCUGUUCCCCUGCCCCUCCCUCCUUCCAUAGCCAUUAAAGUUACUCAUAGAAGCAGGAUCACAUUCCACUGGCAGUAAUGUGUCAAACUUACUUCACCAUCUCACAGACUCUUUUUUUACCGUGACUGAAUAAGUCCAUUUUAAGUAGAUUUAUUUUUACAUCAACAUCUUCCUUCUAAAAUCUUAUUGCGUUUUACCACAAGCCAAAUAUCAAAUGGUCUGGGUCACAGUGUAUUGCUCUGGACACAUCCAGUCAUUUCACAACAGUGAGUGGCCAAAGAGAGUUUCUGUGUGCAUGUAUUGCCUUCACUGCCACACCAGCUCAGCACUCAAUCUCAGUGAAAAGUUACUGAUGUGUAAGAUAAAGUCUCAGCCACUGAUUGUAAAAAGUCUGGGCAUCAGAAUGCAAGUCAAAUCCAACUUGUCAUUUUAAAAUCUCUACUUUUCCAUGUCUUUCUAAAAUCCUUCUGAUCCGGUUACAGUCACCUCCCAUAUAACUUUUUAAAAGUCUGUCACAAGCCUUGGUGCUUAUGCCUCCGUAAUUCCAUUCUUUAAUCAGAGUUCUGCCUCGUUUCCUUCCUGUUCUAUUUCUAACCUGAGCCCCACUUAGACAACUUGUCAUUGUGAGCAAUUUUGCCAGAUUCGCAGUUUUAAAGAAAUGUAAAUUUAAGUUUGCUAUUAAUUUAUUUAGCUCUGGAGCCAAUGAAAUUGCCACAGACAGCUUUGAGGUGGCUAUGAACUGAAAUCUGUUCAAAUACUGAAGAGAUGUCUAAACCGUUUUAUUUAGUUUUAAAUGAAACAGCUGUAUAUACUUAAUCCUUUUUUUUCCAAAAAGAAUGGAAAAUGGUGAAAUAAAAAAAUAAAGUAAUGAUUUUGAUUUUCUGAACUCAGAUCUAUUUAUUUAUUGAGAUACAGCACAGAACAGGCCCUUCUGGCCCAAUGAGCCACAUCACCUAGUUAACAUUAGCCUAAUCACAGGACAAUUUACAAUGACUAAUUAACCUACGAUCUGGUAUGUCUUUGAACUGUGGGAGGAAAAUGGAGCACCCGGAGGAAACCCUUACAGACAGCACUGGAACUGAACUCUGAGCUCCGGAAUUUCCCAAACUGCAGUAACAUGCUAGUGCUGCAGUUGAGUGUGUGGCCCCUACAUUGACUUCAUCAGUAAUCGGAAUGGAAGGAAGUGGUCCUUGUCCCUGCAGGACAGCCCCAGUA